GAAAAUGAAGGAGGUGCGUUUUUUGUUUGGUUUGUUAUUGGUUACUAGUUACCACUUCUGGUGAAGAGAAAGUGCAAGAUCAUGGCGAAUCCUAAACUUCAACGACUGCCAACCUUCCGAGAGAGGGUCGAAGAUACCCUCUCUACUCACCGUAACGAACUUGUUUCUCUCCUUUCCAGGUACGUCGCCCAGGGGAAAGGGAUUCUGCAACCGCAUCGCAUCUUUGAUGAGUUGGCCAACGUUGUCGGAGAAGAUAAAGGAAAUCAGAAGCUUACUGAGAGCCCCUUCAUUGAAGUCCUAAAGUCCGCGCAGGAAGCUAUAAUUCUUCCGCCGUUUGUCGCUAUAGCGGUUCGUCCAAGGCCUGGCGUUUGGGAAUUCGUUCGUGUUAACUGUGAUGAGCUCAAUGUAGAACAAUUGAGCGUUUCUGAGUAUCUUCGCUUCAAGGAGGAACUCGUCGAUGGCGAACACAAUGAACCUUUCGUGCUUGAACUUGAUUUGGAACCCUUCAACACAUCGUUCCCUCGCCCUAAUCAGUCAUCGUCCAUUGGCAACGGUGUUCAAUUCCUCAACCGUCACCUCUCUUCGAAUAUGUUUCGGAACAAAGACUGUUUGGAGCCUUUGGUGGACUUUCUCAGAGCUCACAAAUAUAAGGGACAGGCAAUGAUGCUGAAUGAUCGCAUUACUAGCGUAUCCAGGCUCCAGUCUGCCUUGGGGAAGGCAGAGGAGUAUCUUUCAAAGCUCCCGCCAGAGACACCUUAUUCUGAUUUUGAGCAUAGAUUCCAGGAAAUAGGUUUUGAAAGAGGUUGGGGUGAUAAUGCGGAUCGAGUUUCAGAGACUGUACGUCUACUCUCUGACAUUCUUCAAGCUCCUGAUCCAUCUGUUUUGGAGACCUUCCUUGGGAGGAUUCCUAUGGUGUUCAAUGUUGUCAUUCUAUCCCCGCAUGGAUACUUUGGCCAAGCAAAUGUCUUGGGUUUACCUGACACUGGUGGGCAGAUUGUUUAUAUACUGGAUCAAGUGCGUGCCUUGGAGAAUGAAAUGGUUUUGAAAAUAAAGAAGCAAGGGUUGAAUGUUACUCCUAGAAUUCUUGUGGUUACCCGACUAAUACCUGAUGCAAAAGGAACGACAUGCAACCAACGCCUUGAGAGAAUUAGUGGGACAGAAUAUACACACAUUCUGCGGGUGCCAUUUAGAAGUGAGAAAGGAAUUCUUCGUAAAUGGAUAUCAAGGUUCGAUGUAUGGCCAUACCUGGAAAAGUUUACAGAGGAUGCAUCAAGUGAAAUUGCUGCUGAGUUACAGGGUGUUCCAGAUCUGAUCAUUGGCAAUUAUAGUGAUGGGAAUCUUGUUGCUUCAUUAUUGGCUUAUAAGCUCGGAGUCACACAGUGUACAAUUGCACAUGCACUGGAGAAAACAAAAUAUCCAGAUUCAGAUAUAUAUUGGAAAAAUUUUGAUGACAAGUACCAUUUCUCGUGCCAAUUUACUGCUGAUAUACUUGCCAUGAACAGUGCAGAUUUUAUAAUCACUAGUACAUACCAAGAGAUUGCGGGAACCAAGAAUACUGUUGGACAGUAUGAGAGCCACAAAUCUUUCACUCUUCCAGGGCUCUAUCGAGUUGUUCAUGGCAUUGAUGUUUUUGAUCCGAAGUUCAAUAUAGUGUCUCCUGGGGCAGAUAUGAGCAUUUACUUUUCAUACUCAGAAAAGGAAAAGAGAUUUUAUGCCCUACAUGAUUCAAUUGAAAAACUUGUGUAUGAUCCUGCGCAGAAUGAUGAGCACAUUGGUACAUUAAGUGAUCGAUCGAAGCCCAUCAUCUUUUCCAUGGCUAGACUGGACCGGGUGAAAAACAUUACAGGGUUGGUUGAGUGCUAUGGUAAGAACACCAGACUAAGGGAACUCGUAAACCUGGUUGUGGUUGCUGGUUACAAUGAUGUGAAGAAGUCCAGUGACCGUGAAGAAAUUGAAGAGAUUGAGAAGAUGCAUGGCCUCAUAAAGAAGUACAAGUUGGAUGGCCAGUUCCGGUGGAUAUCAGCCCAAACGAAUACAGCACGCAAUGGUGAGCUUUAUCGCUAUAUUGCUGACACAAGAGGUGCCUUUAUUCAGCCUGCUUUCUACGAAGCUUUUGGGCUUACUGUUGUCGAGGCCAUGACUUGUGGCCUUCCAACAUUUGCCACUUGUCAUGGAGGUCCUGCUGAGAUAAUUGAACAUGGUAUCUCAGGCUUCCACAUUGAUCCAUAUCACCCUGAUCAAGCAGCUGAACAGCUGGCCGACUUCUUUGAACGUUGCAAGAAAGAUCCCAGCUACUGGGAUAAGAUCUCUGAUGGAGGACUGAAGCGAAUCUAUGAAAGGUAUACAUGGAAGAUAUAUUCUGAAAGGCUAAUGACAUUAGCUGGAGUUUAUGGCUUCUGGAAGUAUGUGUCAAAACUUGAAAGACGAGAGACCCGGCGCUAUUUGGAGAUGUUCUACAUUUUAAAAUUCCGGGAUCUGGCAAAUUCUGUUCCACUGGCAGUUGAUGAUCAAGACUAGAAGCUGGUGUGCAUAUGAAUAUCAAUGGAAUUUGAAUAAUGUCCAGAGUGAAUAAAAUUAUCUGUGAAUAUUCUUUCAGGAUGCUUUUAGACUCCCAUGUUUAAAUUUGUUUGUCUAGCAAGAAUAUUUGAAUUUC